AUGGCGACAAAGCCAGAGCAAGACGAAGGCUCAGGCGGCCAUGAGGGACCUACAGAGAGGCCCACAGAAUCCUCACAUAUCAGACCGCACCAAGCAGACCCAGUACAGGGACCUAACCUGACCCCAGCUACAAAACAAGACAUUUCCGACUUACUGCACAAAAUGAGGCAGCUGCAUGCUGCUGACUUGGAUUUGCUCAAAACCGAAAUCAUGGCGGUCACGGCACGCACACAGGCCUCCGAGGAGGACAUCUUGGACUUGAGGCAGGAGGUUCAAGGUCUAAAAGAAACCUUACACCAAUUGCAGAAUUCUCAGGCCACUCUAACAACCAGGGUGGCCCAGGCAGAGGAUCGCCACAGGCAUAUAAACAUCAAGAUCCUGGGCAUACCUGACUCCUUUGGCAUAACAGAACUACCCCACUACCUCAGACAACUUACUACCUCCCUCAUGCUACACGCCCAGGCGAAGAAACUCAACUUUGAGGGCUUCUACCGCAUCCCCAAACCGAGACAAGCAUCACCACAAGCCUCGCAGGACGUAAUAGUCCGAUGCCACUCGACCACCGGCAAGGCCCAACUAAUGGCCACAGUCCGGGGCAAGACUCCGCUCAAUUUUGAAGCCUCUCAACUUCUACCAAGACAUAACCCGCAACACACUAUUAUGGCGCCGAUCAAUGCGGCCAGUGACCAGCCAACUACGCAACGCGGGCAUAGAGUAACGGUGGGCAUUACCACGCACACUGAUAGUCACUAG